CGUUGCAGAAGCGAAGCACAAAAACGGGAAUCCGGUGGUAACAGCAAAUUGAACGUCCAUUUACUAUUUUAGACAAUCAUCGACACAGAACCACAGCCCAACGCCUCAAAAUGUCGGACAGUGCAGGCGAAUGGUGUCUGAUUGAGAGCGAUCCCGGGGUGUUCACAGAGUUGAUAAAGGAGUUUGGAGUGCAAGGAGUGCAGGUCGAAGAGCUGUGGAGUUUGGACGAGGAUAAUUUUAAAGAACUGGAACCUAUCCAUGGAUUGAUAUUUCUGUUCAAAUGGGUUAAGGACGACGAACCGGCCGGAUCGAUCGUGCAGGACAGUCGGCUGGAGAAGCUUUUCUUCGCCAAGCAGGUCAUCAAUAAUGCGUGUGCGACGCAAGCGAUCCUGAGUAUUUUGCUAAACGCGACACACGCGGACAUUGAGCUUGGCUCGAUGUUGACGGAUUUCAAGGAUUUUGUCAUCUCUUUUGAUGCGUACAACAAGGGCCUUGCGAUGAGCAACGCCAGCCAGAUACGAACCGUCCACAAUUCUUUCGCCCGGCAAACGCUGUUCGAGCUGGACAACAAGAAUGCCAACAAGGAUGAGGAUGUGUUUCACUUCGUCGGUUACGUGCCGGUCGACGGGAGGCUGUACGAACUGGAUGGGCUGAAAGAGGGACCGAUCGAUCUCGGCGCGGUCGGGCCGGGUCAGGAUUGGUUGAAAGUGGUGCGGCCCAUCAUUGAGAAGCGCAUCCAGCGGUACAAUGAAGGGGAAAUCCAUUUCAAUCUUAUGGCCAUCGUGUCCGAUCGGCAGCUGAUUUAUGUGCGCCAAAUAGAGGAGCUGCUGAAGGCGGACGGCAACCAGGUGGAGAAGAUGGACGAAGUGGAACGGUUAAGGUUGCUGAUCGAAGACGAGCUGGCCAAACGGAAGCGGUACAAGAUGGAGAAUGUGCGACGCAAACACAACUAUCUGCCGUUCAUUGUGGAGCUUUUGAAACUACUCGGCCAGAACGGUCAACUGAUGCCGCUGUACGAGAAGGCCAAGCAACGAUCGAUGGAGCGCGAAGCGGCGAAGGGCAAACAAGCGUAAGGCACCGGUGUUUCGGGGUCCGCUGGUUUUCAUUUCAUUUUCUGCAUUUCAGUUUGUACUUUAGCUGCGUUUAGGGAAGCGAAGAGUCGUAGUGAGUUCAAUUGAAAUAAAAUUUCCCGUUGGUCAACGGC